AUGUGCCACUUUGAGGUCUCCUCACACUCCUGCGGUUUUCCAUUUUGUCAUAGGUUGCUGGCAGAUUACAGGCCUUCCAUAGGUGCCGCCAGGCCCCAAAUCGGCCAUGGGCCCCCGUACCGCCUUUGGUCACGCUGCUGCUGGUCCCACAGUGUGACCUGGGUCCCUGUACGGCCUCCCAUUGCUUCCACUCUGCCAUGUGCCACUUUGAAAUCUCCUCACACUCCUGCGGUUGUCCAUUUUGUCAUAGGUUGCUGGCAGCAUUACAGGCCUUCCAUAGGUGCCACCAGGCCCAAAUCGGCCAUGGGCCCCUUUGUGUACCGCCUGGUCACGCUGCUGCUGAGCCCACAGUGUGACCUGGGUCCCUGUACCGCC